GGGCCACGGCGGCCUGGAGCGGUUCUGCAGCCCGGGUAAGGGCAGGGGGCUGCGGGCCCUGCAGCCCUUCCAGGUGGGGGACUUGCUCUUCUCCUGCCCGGCUUACGCCUACGUGCUCACGGUCAAUGAGCGGGGCAACCACUGCGAGUACUGCUUCGCCAGGAAAGAAGGAUUGUCGAAAUGUGGAAGAUGCAAGCAGGCAUUUUACUGCAAUGUGGAGUGUCAGAAAGAAGAUUGGCCGAUGCACAAGCUGGAAUGUUCUCCCAUGGUUGUUUUUGGGGAAAACUGGAGUCCUUCAGAGACUGUGAGGCUAACAGCAAGGAUUCUGGCCAAACAGAAAAUCCACCCAGAGAGAACACCUUCAGAGAAACUGUUAGCUGUGAAGGAGUUUGAAUCACAUCUGGAUAAGCUGGACAAUGAGAAGAAGGAUUUGAUUCAGAGUGACAUUGCUGCUCUCCAUCAGUUCUACUCCAAGCACCUCGAGUUCCCCGACCACAGCAGCCUCGUAGUACUCUUUGCACAGGUUAACUGUAAUGGCUUCACAAUUGAAGAUGAAGAGCUUUCUCAUUUGGGAUCUGCGAUAUUUCCUGAUGUUGCGUUGAUGAAUCAUAGCUGUUGCCCCAAUGUCAUUGUGACCUACAAGGGGACCCUGGCGGAAGUAAGAGCUGUACAGGAAAUCAGUCCUGGAGAAGAGGUAUUUACCAGCUAUAUCGACCUCCUGUACCCAACAGAAGACAGAAAUGAUCGGCUGAGAGAUUCUUACUUUUUUACCUGUGAGUGCCAGGAGUGCACCACGAAAGACAAGGAUACAGCCAAGGUGGAAAUCCGCAAGCUCAGCGACCCCCCAAAAGCAGAAGCCAUCCGUGACAUGGUCAGAUACGCGCGCAACGUCAUUGAGGAAUUCCGGAGGGCCAAGCACUACAAAUCCCCUAGUGAGCUGCUGGAGAUCUGCGAGCUCAGCCAGGAGAAGAUGAGCUCAGUUUUUGAGGAUAGUAAUGUAUAUAUGUUGCACAUGAUGUACCAGGCCAUGGGGGUCUGCUUGUACAUGCAGGACUGGGAAGGAGCCCUGAGAUACGGUCAGAAGAUCAUUAAGCCCUACAGUAAGCACUAUCCCUUGUACUCCCUCAACGUGGCCUCCAUGUGGUUGAAGCUGGGAAGACUGUACAUGGGCCUGGAAAACAAAGCUGCCGGAGAGAAAGCCCUGAAGAAGGCCAUUGCAAUCAUGGAAGUAGCUCAUGGCAAAGAUCAUCCAUAUAUUUCUGAGAUAAAACAAGAAAUUGAAAGCCACUGAAAUUGCAUCAUUUCAGUUUUCAUUUAGAAACCUUAAAGGAUUUGAGUAUUUCAGAUCUUAUGCACCACUCCAGCAUUUCUAUCAACUAAUUGGAAUGAGAACACUUCUUGCACUUCAACCUUGCACAUGCCAUACUUUGAGGGUGUUCUUGAUAGUUCACCAUAAUAUUAAUUUUGAAUGCUUUCUUUUUUCUAAGAGGUAAUGGCAUGGUUUCAUAUAAUAUAUACUGUGGACACACCGAGUUUUUAAAAAUGCAUUUAUUUUUCCCUUCAUGCCUAUUGUAACAUCCUGAACAAAUUUGACUCAUGUAAGAGAAUAAAGAUAGAGUACUCGA